AUGCCUGUUCUCAUGUCUAAUACAAAUGCUGCUAUCGCCGAAGAGAAAAUUUACGUACUGGGAUGCUUGGAUGACUUAAAGACUGUAAUAGUGUUAUUCAAUACAACAAAAAACGUGUGGGAGCCUGAGAUUUUAAAGCCAGACAUCGAGCUGCAUGAUGAGCGCCGGAGCUUUGAUUUUUUGAAUCAGAGGGUGGUGAUGGCUAAUAAGAUGUAUAUGAGGGAGUUUUCUCAAACCUAUGUUUACGACCCAAAGGAAAAUAUAUGGAGACCGGAUGAUAUGCUGCGUUCCAUAAAGUUGCGUUCCGCAUGUGUUAUUGAUGACAUGUUAUACUACUACCCUGACGACUAUUUUUAUGAUGUUAAAUAUAUAAAAACGUAUGAUCUAAAGCGGAGGUGUUUGGGAGUGGUGAAAGGUUUGAAAAAGCUGUUUUCUAGGAUGAAAAAGUUGCAGUUUGAGCACACUGCAGAUUAUGGUGGGAAUCUUGCUUUGUUUUAUAGUAAAGGCAUAAAUUAUCGUAGAGGAAGAGAUGUAAAAUGCAGUAUGGAGCAUUGGUGUGUGGAGAUAUCGCUAGAAAGACGUCAAGGUGGAGAAAUUUGGGGUAAAGUGGAGUACUGUGGCCAGGUCCUGGUUGGUCAUCGCGUGGUGCUGAAUUGUCUAAAUGUUAUGGUUUGA